AUGUCACAUUCACAGAUAGAAACCGAGAACCGGGAACUACCCUUGAACCAGCCAAACAACUGGCAAGUCAAGUUCCCUCGUUAUAUGGUCGAGCUUCCCGAAGAUGUCAAAGACAUUAGCAUCACUUAUAUUGGCAUCCAGCCUCGCCAUGAAGAGAAUCCCGCCAAGGGGAUACAUACCGAGCUCCACGCCCAUGUCACAUCUGCUGUUCAGAGAAAACUCGUAACGGAAAUUGAAGACUGGAUUCGGCAAGGAUCUGGAGAACUUGCGCCGAUCUUGUGGGAAAAAGUGUAUGUCGAAGCUGGCUACGAUCUGCCAGAUACGGAAAUGUACAUCUGCUAUUGGACCGAUAAAGAUGCUGCGGCGGCAGCCACCAAGAGCCUGAAUCUGCAACAGCUAUAUAAAUCUCUAUGUCCUCCAGAACAAGAAGUAGUGGCCUUAUGGCGGGAGUCAUUAUCAGUUCCAAAACCUCGAAUUGAGACAGUCUACUCUGGUAACGACUACCAGCCAGGCAUCGCUUCAAUUCCAGGUGCCACCCAAAUCGGUCACAGAUUCACCGGAUACUGGGGAGCAGCUCGUGAUCGAUUACCGGCAUCAUCGCAUGACCUUUUUGAGCCAGAGUAUAAACUCGGCACACCCAACUUUGACAAGGACAGCAAGGGCCGUGUCAUUGAAGGAGAAAACAAGGUUUCUGUCGCCCACAUUCGGUCCGGCCAGUUCUGGGAGCGAUGUAAAGACGAUGAAAGAGAGGCGUAUGAAAGCACACUUGAGCCAAUAUUGAGAGAGGGAAUGACUUUUCUUGAACAGAAUGCGGAAGCCACGGGCGAUAUUGGCCUACGUUUCUCUCGACAUAUAGUCACCAAUCGACUUCUCCAAGCAGAAGAGGCGAAAAAGAUGGCUGCAUUGAACGGCAAUGGAAACGGGGUGAUCAACAGACUUGCGAAUGUUGUGAAGAGUUACACGGGAUACUUUAAUGGCACAAACGGUACCAAUGGAACGAACGGUAAUGGCAUCAACGGCACCAAUGGAACGAACGGUAAUGGCAUCAACGGCAUAAAUGGAACCAAUGGAGUUAAUGAAACCAACGGCCACUCCAGCAAUGAUGAUAGUCACGUCUCCAACGCAGAAAAAUUCGGCCUCACCGUCACAAAUGAUCGCCGAAGAUUCGAAACGUGCAGCAGCGGCUUCUUCCGGUCUCUCAAGGACAUCGAAGCGUGGUCCUCAAAGCACAAGACGCAUCACAAAAUCUUCCACGGCGCCCACGCUCACUCCACCAAAUUCGGCAAGACGACGUUCAAGUUCCGCUCUUGGCAUGAGAUGUCGACUUUGAAGCCUGGUGAGGUGACGUUUGAGUACAUCAAUUGUCAUCCGAGGACGGGGCUGAUUCCUUUCUUUGACGUCUGA